CAAUCGAAAUAUUACCAUUACAAAUAAAAGACAUUAUCUUAGAUGUCGAUAACUAAAAACCUUAUUGGCUCAUAUCCACUGGGUGAUCAUGCAACGGUUUAAACAUUAUUAAUUAGUUUACUAGAAAUAGUGAUAUUUUAUUCAUAUUCUCUUCCCACCUACGUUUUCUGCUAGGCUUCACACAUUUGGCAUGCCUUCGCAAGCGCGCCAACACUCCAACUGCAUAAACCAGAAACUCAUCGGCGUCUUUGGUAGUUUCUCAUUUUGACAUUAGAUAGCGUUCUCUAUGUUUGCAUUCUUGGAAAGUAAACGUAAUAUACCGCUGCACAUUCUGUGCCAGAUCCAUCCGCAGGGCAGCGAGAUUAUGCUUUACUCCCGUGAUCUUGUGUUACUCGUGGAAGAAAAUCGACAAGCUUUCCACUGGGAAGUUUCGAAAAAAUGAAAAUGGAGGACUAGGCGGUCGUUCACACUCGCUCUUCAUCUUGUUUAACUAACGCAUGUCAUAUGUUUGACAGAAUGUACACAUUACGCGUCCGCACAUUCAGUUUUUAAUAUAACAGAAGGGCAAUGCACUGUGGGUACGAAUUUUGUGAAGCGCAUGCGCAGUUCAGUUUACAGUUGGACUUCAUGAGAAAAUGGCGUCGGCAAAGUAUUUGGAGGAUGCUCUGAAUGCAGACGUCGAUGAAUCGGCAGUGAAUGCAAUAGUAGGAUCACUGGAAACUCAACUCGUUACCACAACACCUCCCGUUUCUAACCAGCAGGGAAGUGCUACUGCAGUGAACCAGAAUCAUGUAAACAGUGCGAUAGCAAACGGGGGCACUGUCUCUGCACAGAAACAUGGUGUAACAAACGGCGGUCCAGGAUCUAUUAAUAUUCUUAAUUCGGAUACAAGCAAAACUAUCACUACGACAUCACUUCAGAGUAGUAAUGUUGUGCAUUCGGGUGUUGUUAAUACUGUUGUAGCAUCUUUACAUGGUGGAGUGCCAGCCAGUGGUUUCAUAAAUCAAGUAACUUCAAGUGCAAGCCAAUCAAAUUUAACUACAUUGACUAAGCCCCCCGAGCCUGUGAAGUUAGUGUAUCCUUCAGGUAGUCAGACAUUGAAUAGUAGAGUUACAUUUCAACCGGGAGCUCUCCCCAAUGGCAAUUUAGGUCUUGCCCCACUCUCAUCACCAACAGUGCAGUUAAAUGCUGUGACAAGUGUGCAGAAUGUUGUUACUCAAACACAUACACAGUCUGUUAAUACUGUUUCUAAACAGCUUGGCGGUGUUAUUAGUGUAGAUCAUGCAAAGACGCAGGGAACAACAUUAGUGAUCAAAGCUAGCGGGACUCCCAGUGUUACCCAAGGCACUCCUUUAGGGGCGAGUGUUGUGACUGUGCCAAUGACUGUGAAUAGUUCGAUGACACUAACAGGUACAUAUGUGAACACUGCUGUUGGUACUACAACUACAUCUGGAAUGUCAGGAGUAGUGACACUUGCGAAGCCAGUAACGCAUACAGUUGGCGCAUCACAAACAAUAGUUGGUAACCCUCCAGCUACUAUUUUGCCUGCAAAUGUACAAAUUGUCAAUGUCAAUCCUGUGAGGCCAGGUACUCCUGGUCAACAAGGACAAAAAAAUAUGGCUUCAAGAGUGGUAAUAGGGGCCCCGCACAUGGUGGGGGCCAGACCUGGUCAGCCAGGGCAAAUUACUCUACAAACUUUGCAAGGGCUGCAAGCCGGAACGCAAGGUCACUUGUUGUUGAAGACUGAAAGUGGCCAGUACCAGUUAUUACGAGUUGGCCCAGCCCCAACUACCCCAGGAGCAGCUAUUGCACCAAGUGCUACUGCCAGCAUUCCUUCAGGAGCUACGUAUCGAAUCCAGUCGGUUCCAACAGGAGCUGUUGCAGUUGCUACUACCACAACUUCAGCUGCAAUACAAGCUACCCAACCUCCAGCAUUGGCCACUACUCAGAACGCUACAGUCCAGCGUACAACUGUUGACACCACCAAAGAAAAGUGCAGAAAAUUCUUGGCCAAUUUAUUGGAGCUAUCGAGCAGAGAACCAAAGGCUGUUGAAAGGAAUGUGCGGACGUUAAUCCAAGAACUCAUUGACACAAAAGUGGAACCAGAAGAAUUUUGCGAUCGUUUAGAAAGGUUACUGAAUGCUUCUCCACAACCCUGCCUAAUUGGAUUUUUGAAGAAAAGUUUACCUCUUCUUCGUCAGUCGUUAGUUACCAAGGAACUAGUAAUUGAUGGUAUUAGACCACCUCCACAUCAUACUGUUGUAUUCUCCAUCCCGAAUUCAGGAGCUGUUGUUCCACAAAUGCAGUCAGCUUCCACAACCUCCCUUCCCACUGUGACUGGACCCACUCAACAGAGAAUUUUAAUACGACCUACUUCUCCUGAUACAAGUUCAGUUUUAAAAUCUGAAGCCAUUGUUCGGCAAUUACAGGCACAACUCAGACCUCAAGCUGCAGCCACAACUCAAGUACGUUUAAUGACUCCCGUGAAUGCGGCAACUCAAAGUGUAGGAAUGACUUCUUUACCACGACCAGGACAGACUCUCCAAACUCACAGACUAGUGACUCCGGUGAGAGCAACCGUGCCUACCACUCGUAUGGUUACUUCUACAACAUUACGACCUCAAUCACCUAUUACUACUUCAGCUCCUUCUUUGCCUUCUCCUUUACCAACACCGGUGCGUGUGCCUAAUCCCUCUUUACCUGCACCUCCCCUUCAUGUAAAGCAACCCGCUCAAGUAACACCUAAGGCACCAACACCUGUGCAAAUUAAAACUCCAGUUCCUGUUCACGUGAAACCUCCAGCUAUAACAAAGCCUCCUGUACCUACAAAACCUGUUACCCCAUCUCUCUUACCAAAACCAACAACAAAAGAGAAAGAAAAGAAGUCCUUUUCAUCUGCUGGCUACACGGGUGAUGAUGAUAUUAAUGAUGUAGCAGCAAUGGGAGGUGUAAAUCUAGCAGAAGAAACACAGAGGAUUUUAGGUUCUACAGAAUUUGUUGGAACACAAAUAAGAUCAUGUAAAGAUGAAAUAUUUUUACACACGUUGCCAUUGCAACAUAGAAUUAGGCAAAUAGUUGCGAGACAUGGAUUAGAUGAACCAUCUCCAGAAGUUUCUGCAUUAAUUUCCCAUGCGUGUCAAGAAAGAAUUAAGAACCUCCUAGAAAAGUUAGCUGUUAUUGCUGAACAUAGAAUAGAUGUUAUAAAGUUGGAUUCACGAUAUGAAGUGACACAGGAUGUUAAAGGUCAACUUAAGUUCCUAGAAGAAUUGGAUCGUGUAGAAAGAAAGCGGCAUGAAGAACACGAAAGAGAAUUGCUGCUUCGGGCAGCAAAAAGUAGAUCAAAGUCUGAAGUCCCUGAACAAGCGAAGCUAAAAGCUAAAGCCAAAGAGAUGCUGAGAGCGGAAAUGGAAGAAUUGCGUCAGCAAGAAGCAAAUCUAACUGCCUUACAAGCAAUAGGUCCACGGAAAAAACCGAAAUUGGAGGUUGGUAGUGGGGGCACAAACUCAGGGCAGACUGGACUUGGAAAUCCAAUUGGUCUGGGAUCGUCUGUUGGAGGGCGCACUAUGGUUCCAAUUCGACCACGACUCAAGAGAGUUAAUAUAAGGGACUUGCUUUUUCUGUUGGAACAAGAAAAGGAGACUUGCAGAUCUGCACUGUUAUACAGAGCAUAUCUUAAGUGAUGAUUGUUUUCAUUUCAGAGUGUUUUGGUUCUGUUUCUUACUGUGGAUAUGUGUGUGUACGUGAAGCGAGCUCUGGGCUCCACAAGGGAAUAUUUUGCCCUGUGUCUCUUAAUGAGACACUCUCCAGUCAGGCUCAGGGUAUCAGUGUUUCUAUCGUAUUAAGUCACAUACCAGAGAACUCUCAUUUCACAUAUAAGUGAAAGAACAAUGUGAAUUUAUGAACAGUGGAAAGUUGGAGAAAAUUCUUCAUAUGUAAAUAUGUGUAUAAAAACAAAAGGUGUAAUUGUGCAACACCUCUGAAAAUAAGUGAUAAAAAUUGACUCUUCCUGCUCCCAGGCAGUUAUACCUUUGCUUUAUAAGUUGCCAUUGUACCAAUUUAUUGCCGUUUUAUAAAGUAUAUGUAAGUUGUAUAUAUUACAGAUGAGUAAAUGAAGUGAAAUUCAUAUUGUAACUGAAUUUAAGGGAAACUUUAAAUUUUUGAAAUUUAUUUUCAACUCUUGUUGUGAAAGUCUUAUGUUUACAAAAUAUAUUAGACCACCAUCAGUGAAUCCAGAAAUGUGGUUCAAUUGUAUUUUCACUCCAUUAAAUUAAAUGCAUUGAAUCCAGUGUACUUGUAUGCAUUAAAUGGAUAUUGUUGGCAAACAGUAUGAGUGAAUGAGUUGUGCUUUUUUAUGAAAGAGGAAUGCUUUUCACUUUUUAUUGGUCUCUUGCAUUACUGGUGUGCAAUACAUUAUGUUGUAACAACAACAUUCCAUUUUUUAAACUUUGUAUACAAAUGAAGGGUUGGCUGGUGCUGAAAUACAAUAUUUCUCUCCCUUCAUUGUUUGAAUUGAACCAUAUUCUAAUGGUUUCACUCAAAUUCAAUCACGAAAGUUGAUCAAGGAAUCAUUGAACUCUGUUAUAAGUUCAGUUAUUGCGCAAAUUCUGUAUGUUUGUAUAUUCCUCUUCUGUAGAAUAUUUGUGCACAAUAUCUUAAGUAUGAACAUUAUUAGCAGAGCUUUGUAUGUUAAUUUGUGCUUUAUACACAGAUGUAAAUUUUCUGUGUAUUAUUAUGGUGUCUAAAGACAAUGAGGUUAUAACAUGUCCAUUUAAAUCUGCAAUAAUAUGCUUUUUGAAUAUAAUGGCUGCUGCAAUUGUACAUUUCAUUAAUUUAUUGCUGCUGCUUUCUGUUCUUGUCAUUCAUUAUUUUUCAUGUAAUUCACCAAUCAAGUGUACCUGAGCCAUUUGUUAUUAUUAUUAAGUUGCAAUUUAAAAAAAAUUUUACAGAUCUGGCUCUUUCGCUGCGCAUAGUGUUCUUGCAUUUUUCAUUCAGGCCUGGGAGAGGAAAUGAAUUCUAAAUGUAGUUAAAUGCAAGAUGUUAACACGUGAAAGAUUGUGUUCAGUGGAAGUGAGAUUUAUGAAAAUUUAUAAGUGCUGUAUCAGAUAUAAAUGUUCAUAAAGCUGGACCUUUUAUAAGUGAUGUAUAUUGUUAUUUGCAAGAUGUUUUUAAAAGAAUUCGAUAUUUUCAAAUAUGGGUUAUGUAGUGUAAUAUUUUUAAUAUAUAUAAAUUUAAUUUUCAGAGUUUUGUUAAUAUUUAUAUGACAAUUAAAAAGUAACUUAAUUAUUCUUUUUGUCUUAAAUGUGUCAGAUAUUACACAGCAACAUCAAUGUCCAUAAUUAAUUCUCUUUUGCUACAUUUUCAGGUUUAGUGAUUUCAUCAUAUUUCGAAACAAUUAAAAGGCAGCUUUUUGAUUCCCUCUCAUUCCAUUGUUCAGUUAAAUGUGCAAGCAUCAAAGAAAAUCAUUGAAAUGCACUGUUUAUAUACCAAUAGAUAAAAUUGUGUGAUUGUUAAUGUUGCAAUAGCUUGAAUCUGACCAUUUUUUGAGAACACCAAAAGUCUUCAGACUUGUGUAAUGUUAUAUUUUAGCAGAGUCUAAUGUAUUUUUGAUGCUUAUCCUGACUACUAAAAGAAAAGAAAGGAUUUUAGCAUGAGAUUCUGAAGAUGUGAUAAUUUCAACUUCAAACAGUGAUAAAUCUUAUAUGUUGUAUUGCUGUUAAAAUGAAUUCGAAAUAUACAAUGAUACAAAGGAUGCGAAUGUAUUUCAAGUGUUUUGGAACUUGUGCAGUGAUUGCCUCUCAUUUUGUUUCUUAGAGAUUUAGUUACCAAUUAGGGUUUGUGCUAAAUGUCAAGAAGCAGUAUUAUAAUGUUGUUUUCUUUUUUCAAUACAAUGAAGUCUAAUUACAUGAAAUACAUGUGUGUGGAAUCACCGCAGCUUUAUUAUUAAAUCUUAAAUGUUUUCAAAUUUUGGAGCCUGUGGUCACAGUAUUGUCAAAAAAUCUUAUCUCCGUAUUAUCUGUGUAAUUAUGUGCAGUCCUGUUUCCUGUACAUCUUUCUUUUACAACAUGCAUUCUUUAAAUAGGUAGUUAGUUUGAGUUUUCUAUAAUCGUAGGAGUAUCCAAAAUAGGUAAAAUUAGACAUAACAUUUAAACAAUUAUAGCUGUGCAAUGGAGAUUCUGAUUUUAAAUUUCGUUUCCAAGAAAAGAUUCAUUCUUACUAAAAGAAAUCAUUUAUCUAUGUAUUUCAACAAUUCUGUUGUGCGAGUUGUUUAUAAAACUUACAUCAUAUCUAUAUAAUCAAGGUUGCUGAUCUCUAUUUGUUCGCUUGACUGAUGUGUUUGAAUAAUUAUUUGUCUCUGGUCUUUCAUAAAUCAUCAACUAUUUUCUUGUAAAUUUCUCUAUACAUGCAAGCUUAAUUAUAUUACAUGUGGGCAUAUCAGUUAGAAUAUGAUCUUUCAUAUUGAAGAUGCGAGAGUGAAAAUAUUGUUCUCGUAGGUUUCCAUGACUAGGCAAGUUCUCUGCUAUACAGCUGAUUUUUUUGCAUUGGGCCAAGAGAGGAUCAAUAUGUAAUUGCUGAUGAUGUGGUAUUUGGCUAACGUUCAAUUAAGUUAUCAGCAUGAAAAAUGCAACAUUGAUCUUUUGUUUUGAACCAAUUCAAUAACACCCAGACAAUCAUGAUCUCAUUUAGUUUGAGAACGUUCAGCUUCUUACAAAGUCAUUAUUGUUUAGAAUUAGAACCUGUGAAUAUUGUAAUAUAUUAGUUAAAAAGCAAGAACGUAUUUUUAUACUGCCAUUGUCUCUGUGUAGAGUAGCAUCUGUGUUAUAAGUUGAACAUGUUAAGUGAUAGAAAUAGAUUUCUUAAGAAGUAUGGAGCUUAUUUUUAUAAUUUCUUUUCAGAAUCAAAUGUUAUUGUUAAUUUUAUAAUAAUGAAUUGGUAUUCUCACUGUACAAGUGGGUACUAAUAAAGUAAAUUAAAAUAAAAUACCCCAGGUUUUAAUGAAAUUUUAAACUUCUGAUUUAUUUUUCCUAUUGGUAAUGUAAUAGAAUAAUGUUAUUGUAGUAUUAAGUGUUUAGAGACUAAUUUUUCACUGCAUUUACUUGAACUUAUUUGGCACAUACCCUAAUAGUUUCAAUAAUUGCUGGGUCAUUUUCUUCUUUGUUACAAUAUGAUAAAAAUGGUUGAGUGGAUUUUUUGUUUUUAAAUUGCAGGUUUUUUUAAAAAAUGAAUGCAAAAUUUAAAUAUUUUUAUUUCAAACUGGUAUGUCCUGCUUUUCAAUGCAAGAUCUAUAGGAAGGAAAGAAAACUAAUUUAAUGCCAAAACCAUUAAUGGAUUGAUGCUUGCACAUAGUUGGUCAUGCUUCCAAGGAACUAGGGAGGAGAAAAGAAAGAGCCUCAAAAUUUCAGUUUGUUCUUUAUACCUUUUUUCUUGUCAAAAUUAAUUAUGAGCUUGUCUAAAUUAUUGUGUAUAAUAGUAUUGUGUUAUUGGACAUUUCGUGUUUUAACCAAUAUUCUUUUGUUCAGUAUUUGAUUAAGACUAAGGAAUAAUAAAGUACAAAGAAUAAAAUGAAUUAAUACAGAAUGCUAGUCCUUUUGUCUGUUGGUUUGCAGAAAGUCUUCAUAUUAUUCAUCUGCAUUACAUUAAUACUUAUUCCUCUUAAUUUCCUGCAGUUGUUAAUGCAGCAAUAGGUGUGUUUUAUAAAUUGUCCUCAUCUUGAUGUGCUGUGAAUAAUUUACAAUACGCGUGAAUGAACUCGCAGAAGAUGGUACAGAAGUUUGUGUCAGCAAAUGCAAUAUGUACACUACUUAUAAAAUGAACUGUCAUUAAAUAUUUAAUGACUAACUUUCGUUAUCGGCAUUGCCUACCCAAGUGCAAUUGUGUCUGCUGGUUUUUCUCAGCAAGACUUUUAUCACAACUUGACUGUUAAAUCCACGCAAUAAGCCUAUUGUGUGAAGCAGUUAGUCACUUGUGAGUGCCUAUGACACCGGUUAUCAACUGUUGCUAAGAAAACAGGAGGGACUGGUUUUGAGUGUGUGUGCGAAUGUAUGCGCGAGUGACAGUGAGUGUGAGUUUUUUAUCAUGCCAUAGCUUACUGAAUGGUGAGUCAAAAUGUAGCAAGAGUUACAUGCAUUUGUUUCACAGAUGAAAUUUUAUUAAUAAGAAUAUAUCAAUUUGCAGUAACGGAAAAUAUACCUUCAUCCUUGGGAUUUUUUUUUUAUUAUUAUUUUU